UAUAGUGAGAGAUGGCUGUUAAUAUCAGUAGGCUGUUUGAGUGGUCUGUGGGCAGGUAAUUAAUCUGAUUGCUGAUGGGUUAGGUUGCUAGAUCAAAUCUUAACCUGCCAUAAGCUACUUUUGUGUCAGCAAGUCUCCCCAGUGAAAAAUGUCCAUAUCCACCACUCCAUCUCUCAUGUACAGACCUUUCAAGUAGCUGCACUUAACACCUCACUGAUACUGAUUGUGUAAGCUACAAACCCAAAUUGUCUAAGGAAAUGUYGCUAACAGUAAUAACAUUGCAGACAUAUUCAGAAAUCUGGGCUGAUGGAAUCAUUGUUAUGCAUAUCUACUGGCCAUAAUUUCRGCUUGAGGUCCUGCCCCUCCCCCACUGCAAAGUGCACAACAGUACCAAACUAUCAAAGGUUUUAUAGGUCAACACAGUCCCCCCCCUCCCCCGUCCUUUGUAUAUUAUUUAUAUAUACUUGUGUUCCCAUAUGUACUUCCUGUAUUUAUGUGUUGUUAAUAAAAAUAUUAUAAUAAUAAAAGAUACACAGUUCCCCCUCCCCCAUGUUGCAGCAUAAAUCUCUGCUCAAGGUUGCCAUGUACACUAUUUUGUGGUUUAUUUAUGUACUUUGAAAACUUUGCCGCAGGUGAAAGGUUUUGGUCGCUAGGUGGAAGUUGUUAUACUACUUCUAUAUUGCAACGUUACCAACAUGGCAUUUAAAAAAAAUCAUUAAUUUCSCRGUAUUCUGCUAAAAUUGUGCUAGUGAAGGUGGGUUUUGAAGGCUGGUUUUGAGCAGACUCCUAGAAAUUUGAAAUUGACCUGGCAAACCUGUCCCUGCCUGAGCGUGAUCACCACUGAAGUAGCUGUGCAGCACGUUUUUAAGGAAGAGGAGGAUCGUUGCAGAUGUUUGCAUUCAUGCAAGAAGAUCGAAAACAUAAUGGAAGAUAAGAGUCCAGGAACCUACAAAGUAACCAAUGCGGCACUGCAGAGGCUAAGAAGGCGCAUGGAAAAUCUAAAGAAGCAUAGUUCAACUUGUGAGGCCAGAUUUGAAAAGGAAAAGAUAAAUCCCGAAGCGCAGAUGUCAGACACCGAGGCUGCCAGUACCUCUGAGGCUGCCAGUACCUCUGAGGCUGCCAGUACCUCUGAGGCUGCCAGUACUUCUGGGUCGAUAGUCAAUGUGUUGGAUGAUGCACCACCGUUGAUCAGAACAGACAGUAUAUACAAAAAAGCAUGGCUGAAAAUAAUGAGGCUGCAGACUCUUGUUCAUCAGAGAACGACUCUAGAGAGAGAGUCAUCAUCUGAAAAAUCCUAUGAAGAAAAUCUGACCGGAGAGAUGUCAGCGAUUCGGGCCAAACAGCCAAUGACUAAGGGAAAGCUGGGACAAAAGAGAGGCUCACAUGAAAUUGAUGCUGCAGCCACUGAUUGUGCAUCAGAGAACGACUCUGAGAGAGAGGAGUCGUCUGAAAAAUCCUAUGAAGAAAAUCUGACCGGAGAGAUGUCAGCGAUUCGGGCCAAACAGCCAAUCACCAAGGGAAAGCUGGGACAAAAGAGAGGCUCACAUGGUGCCAAAGGAACAAAAAGGUUUUGGUCGACAAUAGAGGUGGAUGCAGUUGAAGAUUCCUUGAUGAAUUUUAUCCGAAUGGGAAAAACGCCUGGAAAACAAGACUGUGAGAAAUGCAUUGCUGCUUCUGGCCAAGCGCUAGUAAACAGGGACUGGAGAGCAGUAAAGUUCUAUGUACACAACAGAAUAGUUGCAGAUCAGAGAAAAUAAGUGUAUAAGAUGCUUCUAUCUUGGUGUACCUCUGAGGAUUUAAUGGGACUUACUUGACUUAAGCUCAUAGGCAGUUAAUGAAUGUCCUCCAUCUCACUCUGUUUGGGGGAAGUUUUCCCAGGUGGGUUGUUCACUUUUGGAGUGAUUAAGGUCUCAAGAAUACAAAGCCUGCUGACUUUGAAUGUUACAGAAAAAUAAAAAACAUUUUUCUAAACUAUUAAUCUGUUACUUGGAUAUAAUGACUCUAUUACUGAAAUGGUUGUUCCAGUUUAAAUACUUUACAGAAGAACUACACUACAGUAGAACUACACUACAGUAGAACUACACUACAGCCGUUGAGUUGCCAUCCGUGUUGCAUCAUUGUGGCAUUCUACAUGCAAUAUUUUCAGUCAUAAAAUAGAAUGAAUGCAUCAAAUAUCGAUGUAAUAAAUGUAUCACUAGUCACUUAAACAAUGCCACUUUAUAUAAUGUUUACAUACCCUACAUUACUCA